UGGGUUCUAUCGCGACCCGCGAGGAUAAAUCAGACGAGCCAGGUGAUUCUCAGUUCGGCGCCCGUCACCAGAAAGCAUGCGGAUCCUCAGACACCAGGACUCCGGAUUCAGACGCGAGCAGCCCGCGAGCUCAAAAAGGAGACCGGGUCCGGCUUAAAACGCCUGAUGCUGUCAUGAGCCCUUCUGCUGAUGGGAACCUGUGCGUAAAAGCGGAACGAGACGCGCGGAAUGACCACAAAGUAGACACUGGCACAGGGUUCUUGGGUGUCCGAUCACAUUUACGCGCGAAGUGGCAUCGAGGAUAGUGCCGUUUGAAUUGAAUGAACACUUUCUAAGGAGAUCGCUCGUGGAGAGACACCGCGCGCGCUGGAGACUGCGUACUCACGGCUCGCCAAAAACUCAAGCGAACACUUAAGCGCGAGGAUUAAUCAGCCGACAAGAUGGAUAACGUGCCGUAUUUUCUGGCUACAUACGUGCUCAUUUUCUCCCUCGGAUUCAGGAUAGAAGAAGGGAUGUGCCAGCAUUACUACCUCUUUCGUCCCAUUCCCAGUGACACUCUGCCUUUAGUGGAACUCAUAGAGGACCCGGAUCCCAUACUGGACCCUAAGGAGCGGGAUCUGAACGAGACCGAACUCAGAGCCAUACUAGGCAGUCACUUCGACCAGAACUUCAUCUCCAUCAGCCCACCAGAGGACAAAUACGCAGGACAGGACGACCUGAACGAGUCUGAACUCUUAAAGCGUCCCUCCGGCACCAUGCCCAAAGAAAUCAAAGCCAUGGAGUUUGAGAUCCAGCAUGGGAAAAAACACAAGCCCAGUAAGAAGCUCAGAAGAAGGCUUCAGCUGUGGCUGUGGUCCUAUGCCUUCUGCCCAGUGGUGCACACAUGGCAGGACCUGGGGAACCGAUUCUGGCCCCGCUAUGUGAAGGUGGGCAGCUGCUACAAUAAAAGGUCUUGUUCGGUCCCAGAAGGGAUGGUUUGCAAACCUGCCAAAUCCAGCCAUUUUAUGGUUUUGCGAUGGAGGUGCCUGCAGAGAAAGGGUGGGUUCAAAUGUGCCUGGAUACAAGUUCAGUACCCCAUUAUAUCAGAGUGCAAAUGCUCCUGCCCGAACUGA